AUGAGGCUGCGAUUGCCGACGGAUCAAACCAGCAUGAACUGCCUUGUCGAAGAGGCAGCCAAGAUGGAGAAAAUAAAAUUCCAGCAUAUCGUCUCCAUCUAUGGGAUUUGCAACAGCCCACCGGGGAUAGUGAUGGAAUACAUGGCCCAGGGGUCCUUGGAAACAGUGCUCCCCACCCACAAAUUUUCCUGGCAGCUCAAAUUCCGCAUUAUCCAUGAGACGGGGUUGGCUAUGAAUUUCCUGCACAGCAUGACACCUCCUUUACUUCACUUAGACUUAAAACCAGGGAAUAUUCUUCUAGAUGGGAAUAGGCACGUUAAGAUUUCAGACUUUGGGUUGUCCAGAUGGAUGGAGCAGUCGAGCCGGAUGCAGUACAUUGAGAGAUCAGCCUUGCGGGGCACCCUGAGCUACAUCCCGCCCGAAAUGUUUCUCCACAGCACCAGGCCGCCAGGACCCGAAUAUGAUGUGUAUAGCUUCGGGAUUGUCAUUUGGGAGGUUCUUAUGCAGAAGAAGCCAUAUUCAGGAGCCAACAUGAUGGCCAUCAUAGUCGGGAUUUCAGCAGGCAGGCGGCCGUGCCUAGAGUCCAUCUGUGAUGAGUGGCCAGGGGAAUGCCAGCAGAUGGUUGACUUGAUGAAGAGGUGCUGGGACCAAGACCCCAAGAAAAGGCCACGCUUCACAGAUAUCCCUGUGGAAACUGACAUGCUCCUGUCAUUAAUGCAAAGCCUCGUGGUGGAUCCGGAGAAUGAGCGCCUCGUCAGGAAGGUGUCUCACAAGCCCACCUUAUCUGGGAGCCAAAAAAGCCAGAAACAAGGAUCCAUCCUCUCCCAAGACACAAGUAGUAGUGAGACUGAUUUCCCACAUUCCGCCGCCAACGAGGUCGAGGGCCUGGAGAGCUUCAUAAUGUCCAAGGAAGUCCGCAGGGCCCAGGAAAAUGGCCUCACCCUGCUUCACCUCGUGGUGAUUCAAGGAAAUGUGGAGAAGGUGAAGUUUCUGUUGAGUCAGGAGGCCAACUUGGACAGCCAGCUGGUCUGUGGCUACACCCCACUCAUCGUGGCGGUCCAGAAGAGGUUACCAGAGAUCUGCUCGGUUCUAAUAGAGCACGGUGCGGAUGUCAACAUGGCCGACAAAGACGGUUGGUCUCCUCUUCACUUCGCGGCUCAGAAUGGGGAUGACAGGAUUGUGCGCCUCUUGCUGGACCACCAGGCGCAGGCAGACUCCCAAGAACAUGAAGGAUGGACUCCGCUCCACUUGGCAUCUCAGAACAAUUUCGAGAAUGUGGCCCGGGUGCUGCUUUCCCGCCAGGCUGACCCCAAUUGCCAGGAGAACGAUGGGAGAACUGCCCUCCACGUGGCAGCUUGCUUCGGGCACAUCAGCCUUGUGAAACUCCUAGCUAGCCAAGGAGCUGACCUAGAGAGGAAGCAGAAGAACCACCGGACCCCACUGCACUUUGCCGUGGAGAGGGGUAAGUUCAGGGUGGUCCAAUACCUGCUGAAGAGUGGGGCAUCUGUCAACUGCCUGGAUAAGAAUCACUACAGUGCCUUGCACAUGGCCGCGGUGAAGGGGAAAUACCUGAUAUGUGAGAAAUUGAUCAAAUACGGGGCCAAUGUGGACUUGAGGACGGACAAAGAGUGGACCCCCCUACACCUGGCUUGUUUUAAGGGCCACAUCGAAAUCAUCCGCCUGCUAAGAGACAACCACGCUAAACUGAAUGUCAAAGGAGGCAUGGAUUGGACACCUCUUCACGUGGCCACCCGCUAUAGCGAAGAGACUGUGGUCUGCGAGCUCCUGAGAAGCGAGGUGGACCCCAACAUCACUGAGAAAUCAGAGUGGACCCCUCUCCACCUCGCAGUCCAGCGGGGUACCUUCCUGAGCAUCAUCAACCUUCUGGAGCACAAAGCAGACAUCAAUGUUAAGAACAAGGUGGGUUGGACUCCCCUGCACCUCGCUGUCCUCAGUGGCAACGUAGCUAUCAUAAAGACCUUAAUCAAGGCUGGUGCUGUGCUGGAGGUGGAGGACAUGACUGGCUGCACGCCCUUCCAGCUGGCCAUUAGGAAUCAGAAGCAAAGCAUUGCUAUCUUGCUGCAAGGCCAGGACUUGCCAGUGAAUAACAUGGGGAGCAGGGUGACAUGGAGUGGUGAAAAAGCUUAAAACCGUGAGCUCCAAUUCACCCCUGACAUGGUC